CACAGCAUGGAGAAGGUUACUCCUCGCCGCUUCUAUACUAGUUUUCACUAGUCCCCUCCGUCUUAAUAUGGAGCAGAGCUUAGACCCAGAUUUAUUUUACCUAAUAUGCAUGAGAAUCUCUUUGUUUUUUUGAUAAAUUUGUAUUUUUGAGGAGCCAUGCCAAAGUCAAACGUUCCCUCAUCAGUUUCUCAAAGCGAGGAUGAUGAUGGCGAAGAAAAUGAAGAAAUUGGGAUUGCUGAAAUUGCACCAAAACUUUUGUUUUGUUCAUCCAUCUCUCUCACUGCUGAAGAGAUGGAAUGCUUAAGCAUGGUAGGAAGUUCAAUGAAUGAACCUCCGAAAAGAGUAGGAGCAAAAGCUUUGAAUAGAGAGGGCAUUGAGGACGAAGAGAAGGUUAAAAGCAGUGAAGAAGAAACAAUGAAUGACAAUAAUUUCUGUGUUUGGCCAACCCCAGCAGAUGGGAAGAGUCAUUCUCAGUGGCAUGGGUUUUUCAAGAAGCUAAAGAAAGGACAAGGAAUGAGCUUGCACACAUUCCAUCCUAGCAUACCGGCUCUGCCCUCCAUGAAGAAGGCCCCAAAGAAAAGAAUUCGCAAGAGUUUGCCCGCGCUCCCUGCUGAAAUGGACGCGCAGUUAGUGCCUUCAUGCUUUGAGACCUCAUGGAAGAAUUUCUCCCUUUCUGAUCUACAAAAAAUCACUAACAACUUUAGCCCAGAAAAUUUGAUUGGAGAGGGAGGGUAUUCCGAAGUGUACAAGGGACACUUGGAAGACGAACGGCUAGUGGCAGUGAAGAGACUGAUUAGAGGAAGUCCUGAGGAGAUGACAGCAGACUAUUUAUCAGAGCUAGGGAUUUUGGUACAUGUCAAUCAUCCCAACAUUGCAAGUGUUAUUGGGUAUGGAGUUGAAGGUGGAAUGCACCUUGUUCUGCCAUUGUCACCUAAUGGGAGCUUAGCAAAUUUGCUUAAUGACCAAAAGGAAAAACUAGUUUGGCAAUCUCGAUACAACAUUGCUUUAGGCACGGCAUCAGGCCUGUCUUAUCUUCAUGAAGGGUGUCAACGAAGAAUUAUCCAUCGAGAUAUCAAAGCUGCUAAUAUUUUAUUGUCGCAAGAUUUUGAGCCUCAAAUAUCUGAUUUUGGGCUCGCGAAAUGGCUCCCUGAUCAAUGGACUCACCUCACUGUAUCUCAAUUUGAAGGCACAUUUGGAUAUCUCCCUCCAGAGCUCUUCAUGCACGGAAUUGUGGAUGAAAAAACUGAUGUCUAUGCUUACGGGGUGUUGCUGUUGGAGAUAAUCACAGGGCGACCUGCUUUGGAUCAAUCCCACAAUAGCGUAGUGAUGUGGGCCAAACCUUUUUUGCUCAAAAGAAAUAUAGCAGAGCUCGCGGAUCCAGCUCUUGGGGGAGUGUAUGACUUGGAAGAGAUGAAUCGCAUGGCCAUGGCUGCUUCUUUGUGUAUACAACAAUCUUCUGCUGAUAGACCUCCAAUGAGCAAGGUUGAGAGAAUGUUAAGAGGAGAUGAGGACGCGUUGCAGAUGAAUUCAAAGUUCCAAAAGCGACAUGCUCUUGGGAGGGGAAAUGCGAUGGAGGCAUUCAAUGAACACCUACUCGACCAGCCAUCAACUUCAGCCGAGGACGCUACUUAGAUGCAUACAUUUGUAAUUAACACUUGAUCACAACAUUUCUCACUUAGAACGUGUAGAUGUUUUUUCCAGCAAAUUCUUUAGUUUUGAACCAUUUUUUAGUGGAACCAAAGCGCUAACUUCAAGUGUAGAUUCUUCUUGUCCCUUCACCUUGAAAUGUGUAAUGAAGGUCUAGUGUAUCU